CAUACACCCACAGAGUGGCUUGUGCCUGUGAUUCCCAUUCCUUUGCCUCCUGACUCCUUGCAGUGGUUGAUCACUUUCUCCUUUUCCUAUCCACUUAUGCCUUCUUACACCGUCCACAUUCUAGUCAUCUGAGACCUACAGCAGCCGUAAGCCUGAAAAAGAGGUGAGGACAAGCAGAAGGUCUUUGGUGUGCCCCCAGAAGUCUGCCUUCAGUCCUCCCCGAGACUCUCCGAGAUGGAGCGAUCCACCCGAGAGCUGUUUCUCAACUUCACCGUUGUUCUGGUCACGGUUAUCCUCAUGUGGCUCCUCGUGAGGUCCUAUCAGUACUGAGAAGCCAUGCCAGCUCUGGGCUAACUGCCUCUCUCCUCAGCUUCCUGCUUUGUGCCCCCCACCCCAUAUCCAACUGCUGUCAUGGGCUGUAUGUCUGGGUAUCUCGAAGCUCUUCUGACCUGCACACACCACGCUAUCUGAGGUGCCUAUAGGGCUAAGGUCAGUUGUUGACUAGAGAUGCUGUUCUCAAGGUCUGCCGAGUAUUUGCCAAUGAACUUUAGAUUUAUCCCCAGCUCUUACUGCAAAUGUGUUAGACAAGCCAGAAGAUUAAAAUUAAACUGGAUUCAUGUGAUGUAGAACUGUAACAAGCCCCUGAUCUGUCUCACCACACAUCCUUCAACCCACGCUGUCUGCACCCAACUAGAAAUCAACUCAGCAGAAGAAAGAAGUGUUAGAGGAAGCCUUUGUCAGCCCCUGUAGCUGUCAUGUGAAUAAAAUUAAGUCAACCACAAA